GCUGGCUGCCUAUAAGUGGAUGAAUCCCGUCACUUCUUUGCUCUGCGGUUUGCCUCCUGCAUGUCUUGACUGGCUAUCGUGGUCGGCUCGAACGGACGACUGCAGCCCUUUUCCGAUACAUACGACAAACCCCUGGAAAGGAGGAAACAAGAUCAGAUACAAAGACCGUGCGGGCACCAACCCAACGCAGUUUCGACCCACGGACCGUUCGUCCUAAAAGUUCGCCCAAGAUGGCGACGGCACAGCUGGCCGAUGUCCUGACCGACAGGCUGCCGCUGGUGUGCUCGGCAGUGGUCGUCCUCGCCUUCACGCUGAUCGCCCAGUAUCUGCUAAAGGGAGACCCGCUCGCGGCCUUCCCCUUCGCCGGCGAGGGCCUGCACAGCGAGCAGAAGAGGAGGGAGGCGUACCUCACCAACACCAAGUCGGUUUACAUGGAAGGCUACCGCAAAUUCAGGGACACCGUCUUCAAAGUCACAACGUCCACCAACAAGGAUGUCGUCGUUGUGCCGAUCAAGUUUCUUGACGAGCUCAAGAAGUUGCCCGAUGAUGUCCUGAGCUUUGACGCCGCCAUCGAGGAGCUCAUGGUCAGCGACUACACCAAGCUCAUCCCCGGCGACCAAACCAUCCCCCACGUUGUCAAGGCGAGCCUCACCCCUGCUCUGGCCAAGCUCAACCCCAUCCUGACCGAGGAGGUGGCGCGCGCCGUCCGCUCCGAGAUGCCGGCGUGCCCGGACUGGACCGACGUCAACAUCUACCAGAAGCUUCUCCGCAUCGUCGCCAUCGUGUCGGGCCGCAUCUUCCUGGGCCCGGAGCUGUGCCACGACGAGGCCUACCUCGACGCCGCCAUCAACUACACGGUCGAGCUCUUCAACGCCCGCAACGCUGUCGUGCAGAUCAAGCCCUGGCUCCGCCCCUUCCGCGCGCCCUUCCUGCCCGAGGUGCGCCAGCUGCGCGCGCGCGAGGAGACCUUCAACGCCGUCAUCCAGCCCAUCGUGGCCGCCCGCCGCGAGGCCGAGCGCGCCGACCCGUGCUACGUCAAGCCCGACGACAUGCUGCAGUGGAUCCUGGACGGCAAGGCCAAGGACGUGGCCAAGGGCGCCGCCGCCGAGAUGACGGACCGCCAGCUCGCAAAGCUCCAGCUCUCGCUCAGCCUUGCCGCCAUCCACACCACCUCCAUGAUGGUCACCAACGCCUUCUACGACCUCGCCGCCAACCCCGACGUCAUCGCCGAGCUGCGCGAGGAGUGCUCCGCCGCCCUGGCCGCCAACGGCGGCGUCUUUACCAGCCCUGCCCUCCAGAGCCUCAAGAAGCUCGACAGCUGCCUCAAGGAGACCCUGAGGGUGAAUCCCCCUGGAUUCACCUCCUUCACCCGCAAGGUCCUCAAGCCCAUCACGCUCUCCAACGGCCAGCUGAUCCCCGCGGGCGUGACGCUCGAGGUGGCCGCGUACCCGCAGUCGCGCGACCCGGAGCCGUACCCGGAGCCCGAGACGUGGGACGGCCUGCGCUUCUACCGCCUGCGCGAGGCCGGCGAGGACUUCAACGCCAAGAGCGCCGGCCGCCAGGGCUCCGCCGUCGAGGCCAACGCCCACAACCAGUUCGUCAGCGUCAGCCACCGCAGCCUCGUCUUCGGCUACGGCCGCCACGCCUGCCCGGGUCGCUUCUUCGCCGCAAACGAGAUCAAGAUGAUCGUCGCGCGCUGCCUGCUCGAGUACGACAUCAAGCUGCCCGACGGCGUGGCGCAGAGGUUUCCCAACUUUGAGUUUUCCGGAGCCAUUGUCCCAGACCCCACCAAGACUCUCUUGUUCAGGGAGGCGCGUUGAAAUGGUAGAUUUAUGGAUAAAGACUCGGCGGCAUCGACGCUGAAUGUUUUAAGACUGUUCGUGCUUUUGCGUCAUUAUUUCUAUUGUCUUGGACAUGUAAUACCGUCUCUGGGUAAAGAAUUCUUUCUUUUGCUGCUAAUAUCUCUCCUUACCGUCUCUGGGUAAAGAUUUCUUUCUUUUGCUACCAAUAUCAAUCCUUACCCUCACCGCUAGUCCGAAUGGCCCCAUCCCAAGACAUCACCUUAUGCAAGUACCUCGUCCUAGCCUGGUCCUACCGGUACGGAGGCACCGGAAAAGACUCGGCGUGAAGAUAAAGAUAAAUCUCGUGCCAGGUCAUGUUGGUAACCGGGAUGUCCCGGAUGAACGAAGCAAAACAAUCCUCCCAAGUAUAGCACAGAUGUCUUGCCUUGGCCUGUCGCUCUGUAGUGUAGGCUGCGUCGCCGAUGGUGAUUUUCUGGUCUUUAAACCGUUCGUCAAUGACAUCGAGGAGCGUCACGGGAUGGCCUGGGCUAUGGGCGACGUGCCACAAUAAGAAGUAUUUCCCUAGAGUGUCUUUCGAUCUAAUGAUCUCAUCCUCCAAGAAAUCGGUGUUGUUAUCAUCCUCCCUCGAUGGCAUGGCUUGGCUGGCAGGGCGAACUGUGGUGAUGGGUGGACCAUAUGAUCCGG